GGCAUCUAGAUGACGAUGGGUUGCCCCAUGGAUUUUGUACAGUCACCUACUCAUCAACAGACAGAUUUGAGGGAAACUUUGUGCAUGGAGAGAAGAACGGCCGUGGCAAAUUCUUCUUUUUUGAUGGAAGCACCCUGGAAGGGUACUACGUUGAUGAUGCCCUGCAAGGCCAGGGAAUCUACACAUACGAGGAUGGAGUGGUCCUUCAUGGCACGUACGUGGAUGGAGAGCUGAACGGACCAGCCCAGGAGUAUGACAGUGAUGGGCGGCUGAUAUUCAAAGGGCAAUAUAAAGACAAUAUUCGACAUGGAGUUUGUUGGAUUUAUUACCCGGAUGGAGGCAGUCUUGUGGGAGAAGUGAAUGAAGAAGGGGAGAUGACAGGAGAGAAAAUAGCCUAUGUGUACCCCGAUGGAAAGACUGCAUAUUCCGGAAGGUUCAUAGAUGGAGAAAUGAUAGAAGCAAAACUGGCAACUCUGACAUCUGUAGAGGAUGGGAAACCUCAGUUUGAAGUAGUACCAGGCAGCCCAGUAUACAGUUUUGACAAAUCUACUUCAUCCUGCAUUUCUACAAACGCACUUCUUCCUGAUCCUUAUGAGUCAGAGAGGGUGUAUGUUGAUGUCUCUCUCAUUUCCAGUGCUGGAGAAGGAUUAUUUUCGAAAAUAGCAGCAGAAGCCCGUACAGUUAUGUCCUUUUACAAUGGAGUGCGAAUUACACAUCAGGAGGUAGACAGCAGAGACUGGGCCCUCAAUGGAAAUACAAUAUCCCUGGAUGACGAAACAGUCAUAGACGUGCCAGAGCCCUACAACCAUGCCUCCAAGUACUGUGCCUCGCUGGGACAUAAGGCCAACCAUUCUUUCACUCCUAACUGCAUCUAUGACCCGUUUGUUCAUCCUCGCUUUGGGCCUAUCAAGUGUAUCCGUACCAUCAGGGCUGUGGAGAAAGACGAAGAAUUAACAGUGGCUUACGGAUACGAUCACAACCCUGUCGGGCAAAACGGUCCAGAAGCACCGGAGUGGUACCAGGUGGAACUGAAAGCUUUCCAGGCUGCUCAGCAAAAGUGAAGUGGGAACUCCUUCUCCGUUCAGCAAACCGAAACAGAAACUUGGAUCUAUGCACUACCUUUAUACCGAAUACUGGACAACCAGGGAUUGUUCAUGCUGUUGCAUCAUAACUUUGCAUUCUGUGUUAAGAGAUAAGUUUCUUGCA